AUGGACCCCAACAGUAAGAUUGUUGUCAUUGGUGCAGGCUUGUUUGGUCUCACGACUGCCAAACAACUUGUUUUAGAAGGUCAACAGAAUAUCACUGUGAUUGACAGACAUAUGCCCCCUGUUCCAGAUGGCUCAAGCUCAGAUAUCUCCCGAAUCAUCCGGUUCGACUAUGCCGACAGCGACUACUGCUCCCUUGCAUAUGAGGCCUACCAGAAGUGGUCCCAGGAGGCAAAGUACAAGGGUAUUUUCUACCCAACCGAGUACAUUAUCGCCGGCUCCAGAAAGAGUACCGAGAAAUCUUGGACCGAUAAGACGAUCGCUCAAUUGGAGAAGCGACGGCUGCCGUACACUAGACUGCCAGAUGCAGCGGCUACAAAGCAGCAAUUUCCCAUCCUGACAGGAGAUCUCGCAAAGCCAAACUUUGAGGGUUAUCUGAACAAAUCUGGCGGCUGGGCAGAUGCCAACAAGGCAAUUAAGCAGCUGCGCGAUGAGUGCCUUGAGCUUGGUAUAUCUUUCAUUUCUGGUCGAGCUGGAACUGUGGUAGGAUUUGACAGUAAUGCUGAAGGUGUUAUCAAAGCUGUGCGUACAGUUGGAGGAACACAAAUCGAAGGGGAUCACUUCAUUCUUGCAACCGGCGCUUGGUCCUCGGGUCUAGUUCCGACCUAUAACUCGACACUAUCUACAGCACAAGCACUGGGUUUCCUCCGUUUGACGGAAGCCGAGAUGAUCAAGUACAAGGAUCUCCCGAUCUACGUGAACUACGCCACCGGAUGGUUCAACUUUCCCCCUCAUGAGGACACCAAGAUGCUGAAGUUUGCUGUUCACGGCUGGGGAUAUACCAGAGCACCUUCUGCGGGAGAUAAUAACACUGUUAAGUCUAACAUCUCGGUUCCGCCUGCAGUUUCUCGAGAACGCAAGAAUUUCGUCCCCGCUGAUGCUGAGCAACGUCUUCGUGACGGGCUACGGGAGAUCUUACCCGAGCUUGCUGAUCGGGAAUUGGAGAGAGCCGCCCUUUGCUGGUAUACGGAUACACCUACUGGUGACUUCAUAAUGGAUUAUCAUCCAGAUUACAAGAACCUUUUCGUCGGCGGAGGUGGAAGUGGACAUGCUUUUAAGUUUCUUCCAGUUCUGGGCAAGUACAUGACGGCGGCUAUCAAGAAGACUCUCCCUAGUGGCUUAUCUGAGAAAUGGCGCUUUCAUACCGAGUAUGAGCAUCGUGAAGAUACUUUCUUAGGUGAUGGGAGUCGGGGCGGACCUGCUCGACGAGAAUUGAAUGCUGCUGAGAAAGCAAAGCUGGAUGGGGAAGAAAGAGCGAAGCUGUAG